AUGACGGCUGACCGACGAAACGAGUCUUCUGGUUCGCUUUCAUCACUUGUUUCGAAGAUUUCGAACAUCUCCACCGGCAGCAAAACGAGCAUCUACGGAGUCGUCAAGAAGAACGACCUGAUUCUCGAGGACGACGAAGAAAACGAUGAGAGCCUAAACGAUGGAUCGGAGGGUGAAGAGAUGCGAUACAUGUUCAGCCACUUACAAGCAUUCUCCGCCUGCUUAGACGCAUUCGCACACGGCGGCAACGACGUCGGGAACUCCAUUGGUCCAGUUCUAGCGCUCUGGUCGGCCUUUUCAGCUGGAAAUCUUCUUUUCGGGCAGGGUCAUUAUUGA